GUCGAAGAAAUUUUUGAAUUUGUCUGGCUAGGUGGAUUGAAUCCAUAUGAUUUAUAUAGAGAUUGUGAUUCAUUCUCUCCUUUAAAUUCAAUAAAAAUGCAUGCACUAAGGCGUGGUUUACUUCCGACAAAAAUAAAUGAAAGAAUUGUAGCGAAAAAUAUUAUGAACCGUAAUAUUCGAAGUGCUCGAUUUAUUAAUAAUGAUUUAAAUAAUGUAACAGAAGUUGGUUCUAAUGUUGCUACAGAUCCAGGAAUUCCUUGUUUAGAUGAUUCUGAUGCAACAAGAUAUAUGAAUUUGAAGGAAGUUCGGCAAGCACUUAACAUUCCUUCACAUUUGGGUAAUUGGUCAAUAUGCAAUGAGGAUGUUAGCAAUAAUUAUAAUCAAAUAUAUUCCGAUAUGUCUCCAUUUGUUAAAAAAGUAUUGGGAGCUAAAGUUAAAACACUUUUGUAUUAUGGAGAUACAGAUAUGGCUUGUAAUUUCCUUUUGGGUCAACAAUUUGCCUCACAACUUGGAUAUAGAGUAAUAAUGGACGCAAAACCGUGGAGAGUUGAUGGACAGAUUGCCGGAUUUAAAACUAAAUAUACAAAUGGAUUAACCUUUAUUACAAGUUUUUUAAUAAUUUUAUUUUUGAAUUUUUAA